UACGUUCUUUGCCAAAACUAAUGACAGAAUGUUUUUUUUUUUUAAUUUACUUAUUCCAUUGUGACUAGUUCAGAUAAUUUUAUUGCUCCUAAUGUAACCUAUUAUUGUUUGAAGAACAAGAAUGAAUAAGAAUUUGUUGUAUUUGUAAAUCCAAUAAAGCUAUGGAAUUUCGAGUUUUAGAACUAUUUAGUGGCAUUGGCGGUAUGCACUAUGCAUUUAAUGCCUCUUCGAUAACUGGUACUAUAGUCGCCGCUAUGGAUAUUAACACGCAUGCAAAUGCAGUGUACGCCCACAAUUAUCCAAACACUCAAGUCUGUAAUAACAAUAUACAAAGUCUGACUCCCCGCAAAAUAGAUCAAAUGAAUGUGAAUAUGAUUCUAAUGUCGCCUCCAUGCCAGCCACAUACUCGAGUUGGUAAUCGUUUAGAUAUAGCUGACAACCGUUCAGAUGCUUUGCAGCAUAUCUGUGAUAUAUUACCACAAUGCCAAGGCAUACACUACAUACUAAUGGAAAAUGUUAAAGGUUUCGAAGUUUCAGAAGCACAUAACCAGUAUAUUGAAGCCCUGCAGGCAGCAGGAUACCAGUGGAGAGAGUUCAUACUCAGCCCAACACAGUUUGGUAUACCGAAUUCUAGACACCGUUAUUAUUGCUUGGCACGGAAAAAAGAUUUCAAUUUUCCUGGUGAACAGAUUUUGUUAGAGUUACCUCAAGAUUGUGAUGUCCCACCUAUACUUUUCAACGAAAUAAAAAUUCAUGACAUUUUAGAACCAGAUGAUAUGAUUGGUGAAAACUACUCCUUGCCGGAGAAAAUAUUGAGCAAACGUGUAUGGUUAAUGGACAUCGUUACACCGGAAGCAAAGAAGACAAUGUGUUUCACAAAGGCAUAUACGCACUACAGUGAGGGAACAGGUUCAAUUUAUACUUCUUUAGCAAAAGAAGAAGUAGAUCUAAUUUUUACGAAAGUAAAGGAAAUGGAAGUUAGUGAGGGAUCGCAAGAUUUAAGUCUAGAGCUACUUAAAAGUUUAAAAUUACGUUAUUUUACUCCACGUGAAGUUUCAAGAUUAAUGAGUUUUCCAGACACAUUUUCGUUUCCGCCUGAAACAACAAACCGUCAGAAAUAUCGUCUUCUAGGAAAUAGCAUAAAUGUACGUGUUGUAAGCCUUUUAAUAAAAAUAUUAUGUUCUUGAGAAGAUUAAUUGAUUUUUCUUUUUGCUGUCUUCCCUUUAUUUUUCUCUUAACAAUAAAUAAAAAAUACAAAUAAAAGCUUACGACCAUUUGUUCCAUAUUAUAACUGAAGAAUUAAUUUAAUUUUCUGGAAAAA